AUGUUGACCAAAUCCCUCUUCACAGGCGCAGCCCUAGGCCUCCUCCUUUCAUCGGCCGUUGCCCAUGAGGCCCCUGUCGUCAAAGACAACGAACCCCAAGCCGUGUAUGAAGCUGUUUUUCAGGACAAAGACAACACCACUGUUCGAGGAACGUUCACUGCCCAUGGUGCUGAGGAUGGAAUUGGGAUUCAAUUUCGUGUCGUUCUUACUGGUGUUCCAAAAGACACAUUUUUAAACUAUCACAUUCACGACAAACCGGUGCCGAAAGAUGGCAACUGCUAUGCCACCGGUGGUCACCUAGACCCUUACAUGCGCGGUGACCAGCCUCCCUGCAAUACCACCGUACCUCAGACAUGCCAAGUUGGCGACAUAAGCGGAAAACAUGGCCCUGUCUGGACUGCCGAUGGCAACUUCGAAGUCUUGUACAGGGACUUCUUCCUUUCGAAUGUGGAGGACACUGUCGCCUUUCUUGGCAAUCGCUCGGUCGUUGUCCACCUGCCUGAUAACACAAGGAUCAACUGUGGUAAUUUUCACCUAGUGUCUGAUGGGGAGGAGAAAACGGAAGAGGCGAAGAAAGACCAGGGCUGUUGA